UUCCCGCUGCUUCCUCACGGCCAACCGUUUGCUUCGACCUUUUAGAUAAUAAUAGUAUGCUUGUAAGGUCAAAUCGCUCAGCAGCAAAAAAAUCCCAAUUUCAUCUCCGGUCUCUCUAUCGCGAUCGCUUCAUUUUCCUCGCCCCUUCAUCUUUGAAUGCGAGGGGACGAGUGUGGGGAGAGAUUUUCUUCAGGGUUACGCACUCCAUUAGGGAAGAAACUUAUUAGGGUUUAGUUUCUGCGGGAAGACAGGGAGACGGAGAGAGAUGAGGCCGAACUGUUGUCGAAGCUGCCUUGUUUUCCUUCUUAAGAUGCUCAAUUUCCUGCAGACCUUCGUUGGCGUUUCGAUACUGAUUUACUCGGUUUGGGUCCUGAAUCAGACGAUAAAGCAUGGUCUUUCCUUUAGCCUGGAUCUGGAUAGGCUUCCGGCUCCCUGGUUCGUCUGCGCGCUUAUGGGAGUUGGGAUCAUGCUGUGUUUGGUGGCUUUUACUGGACAUAUUGCGGCGGAAGCCGUCAGUAGCUGCUGCCUGUGCUUUUAUGCUUCAUUGAUUACAAUGAUGAUUUUAUUAGAAGCAGCUCUAGUUGGCGAUCUCUUUUUCAACAAAGAGUGGAAGAAGGAUCUUCCGAAAGACUCCACUGGAGAACUAAAAAAUCUCAUAGCCUUUAUUGAAGAUAAUAUAGAUAUAUGCAAGUGGGCUGGAGUUUCUAUUGUUGUUAUUCAGGAAACCAUUCAAUUCCGCAAAUUCAAGGCUACUAAUGUUAGGUUUUAUUAUAUGAAGGUCAAUUGUCUUUCCCCCCAGAAGGCAUUGUCCCUUUUGCUGGCAGUGCUAAUCCGGGCUAUGAUACCAAGCAGAAGUAUGGACUAUGACAGUGAUGAGGACUAUUUUGUUAUCAGGAGGCCCCUUCUAAACCAACAGGGUGGCCAUGGUACUACUUCUGGAUUUCACUCGGAUAUUUGGAGUUCACGAAUGAAACAAAAGUAUGGACUGAACCCAAAUCAUAUCACGUACAAUGCUGGGGACCCAAAGUUGGCAGUACACCAACAGCAGCUGUGUUGAUCGAAUGCCAUUCUCUAUUUGGUUAGUUUAACUGCUUUAUCUCUGUAAUAUAUGCGAUGGUAAUAUAUAAUCGUGGUGGGAAAUGGUGUUGUGGCUUCUUGUGAAAACUAUUCUAUUUACGUGCAAGCAUUGUAUUUCUGCAUGUUUGGUGAGUUGAUUUGGUUUGGUGUAUGAACGAAGAAUCGUAAAUGUUUUCGGUGAAAGCCAUUGUGAUUGAUUCUUUGA